AUUUAGUUAUUUUCGUUAGCAACAUUUUUAUAUUAAAAAAAACUAAUAUUGACGAAUCUACAGAAGUACAGUAUAAUACACCUGGAAAAAACGAAAUAUCCGUUUUCCAUUAGAAAGUAAAUAAAUGUAGAUGCGAUUCAAGUAUUCAACAUUGAUUUUAAAAUAAAUGAGAAUCAUGCUAACUAUGUGCAUUAGACAGAGACUUUAAAAGCCUUCCCUUAGAAAACCUCCAUUUGAUUCCAUUCCAGUCCCGAAGCAAAGUUUCAAUCAUGCUAACUAUGUGCAUUGAAGAUUCUCAUUAAAAAGCUUCCUUCUUUGUUUUUCUUUUAUCUUCUUCUGUUCAUGGCUCUUCAAGCUCAUCACCAUCCUUCUACUAUGUUCUUCCUCAACAGAAACGGCCAAGAAGGGACUGAUUUUUCACCGGACCUGCAAAAGUCUCAGUUGCCUUCCAUCACCGCCGGGGUUGAUAAAAGAAAGCGAGCCAGAGAAGAUUAUUCGGUGAGUGAUUUAGAAACCACGGCGGCUCCGAUGAACCCUCCGCCGUGUACACCGCCGCAGUUUAUCAGCCGUCGACAAACUCCUAAUGUAGUAUCCACCGGUCUUCGUUUGUCUCAGGGACAAUCACAGAGCAUAGAACAACGGUCAUCAUCUUCGCCGAUGAUAGACGGAAAUUUCGCCGGAGAAAUCAAUCGGCAAGCGGAUGAAUUAGAUAGAUUUCUUCAAACCCAGGGAGAGCAAUUGAGGUGCAUGUUAGCGGACAGCAGGGAGAGACACUAUCGUGAGCUUCUGAGAACGAGGGAAGAAUCUGUUAGGCGGAGGUUAGGAGAGAAAGAAGCGGAAAUGGAGAAAGCCACGCGUCGUCACGCGGAGCUUGAAGCACGUGCUGCACAGAUCGAGAAGGAAGCACGUGCUUGGCAGGUGAGAGCAGCGGCGAAAGAAGCCGAAGCGAUGUCGUUACAAGCUCGAUUGCAGCAAGUUGUUGCUCACGGCGGUGGAGUUACGGCGGCGGAACCAAAAUUAAAAAGCGUAGACGGUGUGGAUGAAGCUGGAGACGCUGAGUCUGUUUACGUUGAUCCUGAUCGAUUCGAAUUGAAUGGACCGAGUUGCAGGAUUUGUCGGCGGAGAGCGGCGACGGUGUUGGCUUUGCCGUGUCGCCAUUUGGUCCUGUGUAAAGGAUGCGACGGCUCUGUGCGAGUUUGUCCGCUUUGUCUUAGCUUGAAGAAUUCAAGCGUGGAGGUUUUCUUCUUCUGAGGCCUACCAAACUUGACGAUGGCCUUUUAUUAAUUAAAAACAAAAUCUUUAUAUAUAAUUAAAUUCAUCAUUUUGUGAUAAUAUAACCGAGUUAGUUUUUCUUCAUACCUCAAGGUCAAUAAAGGUGAGAGGUUAACAUGUAUAUACUACACAGCCACAUGUAGUGGUCUUGUUUUCUUCUUUAUAAUUCAUUUUUGGGGAUUUUUUGUUUUGUU